UCUCACUGCGGCUGUCCCGCACGGCAGAGCCGCCAUGGCCCUGCCGGAGUGGCACAUCGCCGUGAAGCUGGCGGAGCAGCCGCUGGCCCCCAAAUCCAUCCUGCGCCUGCCGGAGACCGAGCUGGGCGAGUGCCCGCUGGGCGGCUGCAGCAUCUCGCACCUCAAGCAGCUCAUCACGGGCAAGCUGCAGGAAUCCAUGCCGGACCCCGAGCUCAUCGACCUGAUCUACUGUGGCCGGAAGCUGAGGGAUGACCAGACCCUGGAUUUUUAUGGAAUCCAGUCCGGCUCCACUGUCCAUGUCCUGCGCAAGUCCUGGCCUGAGCCUGACCAGAAACCGGAGCCCGUGGAUAAGGUGGCAGCAGUCCGGGAGUUCCGUGUCCUGCACACUGCCCUGCACAGCAGCCCUGCCUACAGAGAUGCCGUCUUCAAGAUGCUAGGAAACAAGGAAUCCCUGGAUCAGAUCAUUGUGGCUACUCCCGGCCUCAGCAGUGACCCCGUGGCUCUGGGAGUUCUGCAGGACAAGGAUCUGUUUUCCGUGUUUGCAGACCCCAACAUGCUGGACACGUUGAUCCCGGCCCACCCUGCCCUGGUGAACGCCAUUGUCCUGGUGCUGCACUCGGUGGCGGGCAGCACCGCGCUGCCAGCCCCGGACACGUCCUCACGAGCCAUGGCCUUGGGCUCCUACCGGGACAUGCCAGGUGGCUUUCUCUUUGAGGGGCUCUCUGACGAUGAGGAUGACUUCCACCAGAGCACGAGGUCCACCCCCUCCAGCAGCGCGUCCGGCUCGCGCCCGGCCUCGCUGGGCUACGCAGGGGCGGCAGGGCCGCGGCCCAUCACCCAGAGCGAGCUGGCCACAGCCCUGGCCCUGGCCAGCACCCCCGAGAGCAGCUCCCACACACCCACCCCGGGCACACAGGGCCACUCCUCCGGGACGUCCCCGAUGUCAUCCAGCGUGCAGUCGGGGACACCCAUCACCAACGACCUGUUCAGCCAGGCCCUGCAGCACGCCCUGCAGGCCUCGGGGCAGCCCAGCCUCCAGCAGAGCCAGUGGCAGCCCCAGCUGCAGCAGCUGCGGGACAUGGGAAUCCACGACGACGAGCUGAGCCUGCGGGCCCUGCAGGCCACCGGAGGGGACAUCCAGGCUGCCCUGGAGCUCAUCUUCGCUGGGGGCGCCCCCUAAAUCCUCCUGCCGGAUUGCAUGACAAGCUCUGAGUAUUCCCAGUUUGUCCCAGUCACGUCCUGGGGCUCCACACCUUGCCCUGAACUCCCUGGCACAUCAAUCCCAGAAAACCAGUGAAGGUGACUCUCUCUGAUGCUCCAGCAUUUGUUGGGCGGGUCCAUCCAGCAGGAGCAGCAGCAGGAAUUUGUCUGGCACCGUUCACAGAGGACUCGGUGGUUUCCUGGCUGCUUCCAGCUUUGUCCUUGUAGGAAAGGCCAAAACACAUCAAAAAUUGGAGGUUUUUCUUCCUUUUCCAGCUCCAGGUUGAGUGAGCUGAGGGGUCUCAGGGAGGGGACAGAGGUGUCCUUGGCAGUAAGGUCUUACCUUUUCCUCUGGAGAAAGGAGGAAGGUUCUGACCCGUGUCCUGUGGGUUUGGUCCCAGUCCUGGCAUGAAUCACCCCGAAUUUCCCUGUUAGAACUGACAAAAAGGGAGCUCUGGUUUCAGCCCUCAAAGCGCCCUUUUAAGGUUACAGAGUUGAGAGGCCCACGUGAUCCACAAUAAAAACCAGGCAACUGUUUUAAUUUAGUGAAAGCAGAAAUGGGCCGAAAAUGUCACCCUGUGAGAAUAUUUCUAUUUCCUUAUGUUCCCUUUUAUAUUUAUAGUGUUCUAAUAUUCAUAAACGUGUCCCAAAAUCC